GCCUGCGUGUACACACACACAGCAGGGGAAGCGUGGUUAAUUUCUACCCGCUAAAAUGGUUAAAUCUGGGAAACUUCGAUCCGGGACGGGCUCUAAACUCAAACGAUGGAAGAAAGGACACAGCAGCGACUCCAACCCGCAGACGAGUCGACAUCGACAGGCUGCUAAAAGUCGCUUUUUUAGCCGACCCUCGGAAAAAAGUGACCUGACAGUAGAUGCUCUAAAACUGCACAAUGAGCUACAGACAGGUCCGUUGGAGGUCAGCACAGACAGGCAGAAGGAUGCGUGCAUGGAAGACGAGCCGGAUCAGGCGUUCUCAGACAGAACGUCGGGCACCUUCCUUAGCGGCCUGUCUGAUUGCUCCAACUUGACCUUUAGGAAGGUGCAGCGAUUCUGGGAGUCCAACUCGGCUGCUCACAAAGAGAUUUGUGCAGUGUUGGCAGCUGUAACUGAGGUGAUUCGCAGUCAGGGAGGGAAGGAGACAGAAACAGAGUACUUUGCUGCUUUGAUGACCACUUUGGAGGUGGUGGAUUCACCUGAGUCGCAGGCUGCAGUGGCCUACCUCCUCAACCUCACCAUGAAAAGGGUUCCCGCUCCGGUGCUCAUGUCCAAGUUCUCAGACACCACCAAGGCUCUGAUGGACGUCAUGUCCCAACAGACCACAUCUGAAACCGGCUCAGCUCUCAGAUGGAUUCUGUCAUGCUUGGCUACUCUACUGAGGAAACAAGACGUGGCUGUGUGGGCGUACCCGUCCACCCUUCAGGCUUACCACGGCCUGCUCAGCUUCACCGUGCACAGCAAACCUAAGAUCCGUAAGGCAGCACAGCAGGGAGUGUGCUCCAUCCUCCGAGGGAGUGACUUCCUGUUUGCAGACAAAGGUCCCACCCAUCACCCUGCAUCAGCGACCACAGCCAAGUUCUGCAUCAAGGAGAUGGAGCAGGCAGGAGGCAGCAGAGAGGACACCACCACGCUCCAUGUACUGGGCCUCCUGAAGGAGCUGGUGCCGACGUUCCCGCUCGGAGCCAUCAAGUCGUGUUGUGAGACACUGCUGCGAGUGAUGACGCUCAGCCACGUGUUGGUGACCGCCAGCGCCAUGCAGACCUUCCAUAAACUCUUCAGUGCAAAGCCGGGUGCCUACAGCUUGUCACCUGAACUCAAUGCACAGAUCAUCACAGCUUUGUAUGACUACCUGCCCAGUGAGGGUGAUCUACAGCCUCUGUUGGCCUGGCUGGCUGUCAUGGAGAAGGCACACGUUCACUUAGCAAGUCUGCAGAGUUCCUUGAGUCUGGGCCACCUCCCUCGCCUGUUCUCUGCCGCCAUGUCGUGCCUGUUGUCGCCUCACACACAGGUGGUGUCUGCGGCCGCCAGCACACUCAAGGUGCUGUUGACAGAGUGUGUGGGUCCUCACAUGGAGGAAAUUGGUAUGGUCACUGCCACGGCGUCUGUAGGGAACCCCUCCUACAUCUGCAAAAUGUUUCGUAUUAUCGAAGAAGGGUUGUCCUAUCGCUUCCAUGCUUCCUGGCCAUUUGUUUUGCAAAUACUAGGUUGCUUUUACAAGGUUGCAGGGAAACAGGCACACCCCAUCAUGACUAAGUCCUUACAGUCUCUUGCUGACCUUCGUGACACUCCUCGAUUCCCCUUCAGCGGCGAGUUGGAUCUGGCAGUGGGGGGCGCUGUGGAGAACAUGGGCCCAGAGGUUGUGCUGGCCAUGGUGCCUCUCAACAUUACUGGCUAUGACGACAACCUGGAGUUCCCCCGCAGCUGGCUGAUUCCGGUCAUUCGAGAUCACGUAAAAAACACUCAGCUGGGCUUCUUCAACUCCUACUUCCUCCCUCUAGCUUAUACGCUUAAGCAGAGAGCUGAAGAGUUGGAACAGGUCGGUCAGAAAUUGGAAGCCAAAGUCUAUCAGACCUUACAGCUUCAGAUAUGGACCAUGUUACCUGGUUUUUGCACAUGUCCCGUGGACCUGGUGGCGUCCUUCAAAGGGAUCGCCCGCUCACUCGGCAUGGCAAUCAACGAGCGGCCUGAUCUGAGGCUCACAGUGUGCCAGGCUCUGCGUACCAUUAUCAAUAAGAGCUGCACUACUGAGGACGAAAAAGCUGAAGUGAGUCGCUUCUCCAAGAACUUUCUCCCUAUCCUCUUCAAUGUGUUCAGCCAGCAGCCUGCAGAUGGAGAGUCUGGAGCCUACAGAAUGGCCAUCUUGGACACUAUUAAAGUCUACUUAACUGUUACUGACCCACAGAUGAUCGCCACGUUCUUGGAAAAAGCCACAGAGAGAUUGACUAGCGCAGAAAGCACAGAGUUCACACGGCUGUCAAUGAUGGACCUUGUCGUCGCCAUGGCUCCCUUCUUGAAUCAGCUCACCAUGACUAGGACCUUUCAGCUCAUCAAGCCGUAUUUGGAGGCUAAAGAAGCAGGCAUGCAGAAGAAGGCGUACCGUGUGCUGGAGGAAAUGUGUGCCGGAGAGCGAGACGAGUGCAGGUGGUUUGUCGUGGGCAACCUUGAGAUGCUUAAAGCGGUCCUGCUGCAGACUCUGAAAAACGCCCCUUCACCAGCAAAAAGGCCGCGACUAAAGUGUUUGAUCCAUAUUGUGAAAAGGCUCGACCAAGAGCACAAAGACUUUAUCACAUCUCUGCUACCAGAGGUUGUGGUAUGUACAAAAGAGGUGUCUGUUGGUGCUCGUAAGAAUGCAUACACUCUGCUGGUGGAAAUAGGAAAUGCAUUUGUGCGCUUCUGUGGGAAGUCUGCAGAGGCCAUGGAGCAAUACCUCUUGUUAGUGUAUGCUGGCCUUACAGGCUCUACCACCAUGAUCACCUGCACAGUGCUGGCCCUCACACGACUGGUGUACGAGUACAAAGACUCCAUAGAUGUGUCCACCAUGGAGCAGCUGCUGCACAAUAUCUGUCUCCUGCUAGGCUCGCGCACCAGAGAGGUGGUCAAAGCGGCACUGGGCUUCAUCAAGGUCAUCCUCUUCGUCAUGGAGCCCAAGACGCUGGCAUCGCAUGUCAAUGUCAUGAUGGAAGGCAUCGGGAAUGUCAACAAUGACAUGAGGAGACACUUCAGAGCCAAACUCAAGAACAUCUUCACUAAGUUUAUCAGAAAAUUUGGGUUUGAGCUGGUGAAGCGCAUGCUACCCCCUGAACACCAUAAGGUGCUAGCCAACAUCCGCAAGGCGGACGCUCGCAGUAAGAGACGCAAGCAGGCUUCAGAGCAGCAGGAUGACUCGGACAGCGAAGAAGAAGCCCCUAAAAACAAGAGUGACAGUAUUGAAGACAUCCUGGCAGGCUCAGAGAGCGACCUGUCAGAGGAUGAAGGCAAGGCCGGAAAGAAGAAAGCUGGCAAACAGCAGAAAGGUCGGGCAUGGCUGAAAGAGGGCGAGGAGGAUGACCCCCUCAACUUCUUGGACACCAAGGUUUCACAAAGAGUGCUUGCCACCAACCCGGCGCUGAAAAAGCAUGUCAAGGCAGAGCACGGCUUCAAGGUGACAUCAGACGGGCGACUGAUCAUCAAAGAGGAGGAAGAUGAAGACGUGAACCAGAAAGAUGACAGAGAGAUGAAGGAUGUUCUGGAAGAGGCUGGAGUGAAGAGUAAAAAGACCCAAAAGAGGAAAGUCAAAGAUGACCAUGUGGACGAUAUGGACAUAGAACCACAGCUCAGAUACAAAGCUGGUGGUAAAGGUAUCCACAGAGCCCUGGGAGGCGGCAGAGACUUUGGAACAGAGUACAAAUCAAAGAAAGGCAAAGGUGACGUGAAGAAACAAGGCAAACUGGACCCGUACGCUUAUAUCCCCCUUAGAAAGGCCCAACUCAAUCGCAGGAAGCGUGCCAAACUGCAGGGCCAGUUUAAGGGCAUGGUGAAAGGAGCCCAGAAGGGGGCACUGUCGGGUAGGAAAAAAAUGCUGAAGAGCAAAAGGAAAGCUUGAAAAGCUUCAGUGAAUGGACUCUUAUAGACAGUAACUUGUAUGCUAGUAAAGUAAUGUACAGCCUUUGUGUGGAUGUGACGAGGUCUAUUUGUGGUCUUAUGAGUGCACAUGAGGUGACAUGUACUUCUACACUCAGCCACCACAGGACAAAAAGGAGAAAGUUGUGAGUCAAUAAAAACGAUGAUUUAAAUGAAAUUGACAUGAAAGCUGUGUUAUGGAAGAAUAACGUGUAUUCUCAUUUCAGAACUGCGCUGUUUGUUUAGUUUGCCAGUUUUGGUGGAGGUUUUUCUCCUACGAAAUGAGUCAUGUGGUGACCGAAGAAUGACGCACUUGUCUGAACGGUGAUGCCAUUUGGAGUCGUUUUCAUGCAUCCGCUCUCAAACGGUGGUACCUGGGCUCUGCCUAGUCCUACUCAAACACCAGAGGUCAUUUCAGAAAAUACAAAUAAAUUAUUAGAAUCAUUUACAUCUACAUUUUAUUUCUUUUAUAAAAUGAACAUUUAUAUAUCUUUGAAGCCAAAGCUUUGUUUUAGAACUUGUUAGUGUCAGCAUUUCCAACUUUUUUUUUCUGUAUAUUGUGCCUUUUUGUUCUAUUCUUCCUAUUUUUUUUUGCUGUUUUUAAGUGUUUCAUUUUAUUUCUACAAUGGGCCACAGUUCGGACACUUCGGACACUCUUGAUCUACGUGUAUGAUAAUCAUACACAUCGGUACAUGUGUCAUAUACAUAUGGAUACAUCAUAUAAAUACGCUACACACAAUAAUAGCUAAUAAGUGCACAGCUGCUUUCUCUGAAAUUUUUUUAAUACCUUUUUUGUCUUUGCAAUUAUUUCAGAAUAACUGAAUAUAGAAUUCAUAUUACAGUCGUCCCUUGUUUAUCUCCGUUAAUUGCUUAAUGACUCUACUGCGAUACAGUGUUCCCUCGUUCAUCGCGGGGAGAGGCUGUAAAACCCCUCACCAUACACUUUAUACACUUUUUUUUUUUUUUUUUUUUAAGACGGGCAUUAGCAUUUUCUAACAUUGCUCUCUUGUUGAAACACUCUCAAAGUUCAAAUUUCCUUUGAAUUUUAAUGCUCAACCUACUAGGUUGGACACAGGAAAUGAUUAAGUGACUCACGCGUAUUUCAUUCCUAUGACCCUGCCUCUUUGUCCUGGUGCUGUUCCACUGUCGCGUUUUUGUGUUCUUGUCGUCAUAUUUUCCUCACAGUUAGCUUCUUCUGUAGUUCACAGUACUGGCAGUUAGUAAGCAGCUCACAUGGUUAGCUAGUUUGGUAGCCAUGACCAUCGAUCGAGCCCUGAGCCGUACAUCAGUGUCGGCGCCAUAUUGGAUGUGUCAAGGCUGCGCUGUAAAUUAAUACAAGUAAAUGUACUUACUUUCAUGAAGCGUCUUUCUACAAAUACAUUUAACUUAAUUCCUCGUGUUUAUACAUUCACACACGCACGAAUAUACUUGGGAAGCAAUUAGGCUCCAAAAACAAUGUAUUUGAUCUUCUCAAAUUCUUGGUGCCAAACUGUUUCCCAAGUAUAUUAGUGUGUGUAAACGUAUAAACGGCAUUGACUUCAAUUUGUUUGUGGAAAGGCGCUUCAUGAAAGUAAGUGCAUUUACAUUUACAGCGCAGCCUUGAUACAUUCAAUAUGGUGGCAAAGUUGACGUAUCACCGCAGUGGACAAACCCAUUCGAUGCGCCAUCUAUCUAUGUCUAUGGCCAUGACCACGGCAAGAAUGGAGCAAGGGAACACUGUAUAUCCGAAUAUCUGCAAAUUAGGAUUCAAUAUUAAUAAAUGGAAUAUUUUCUCAGAGCAUGGAAACCCUGUGCAUGAAUUUCUAAAUAAGUUUAGGGUUUUUUUUUUUUUUUUUUUUUUUUUUUUUUUUUACUAUUGUACAGGCUAUGGGAUCACUGAAGGGACAUAAGAGAUGGUAGCCCCUGUAGCAUAGCAAGAUGCUGAGCUAACUAGUUAGCCUCCAAUUUAUUCUAAAUUUGAGAAAAGGUUUCCAAUGAAGUGGGGAAGGACAAAGUAAAAAGCCAAAAACGUACCACUUCCACACAGAACGGGAGGAUAACUUUUUCUCACUCUUAUUGGCUAUUGGCUCUUAAUGGCUGACUCUAUGCCAUGUAAUGUAACAUUACUGACACCUAGUGAUGAGAAUACUGCACGUAACUUACAGUAUCUUUCAACAUUUAUGGACUAGGCCAUAGUCAAGCAUGGAACACUGGUCAUUUAUUAAUGCAUUUUUGAAAAACCGUGAUAGAGUGAGGGAACAAUGUUUGAACUGCAAAGCGGUGAGGGACGACUAGGACCAAUUUAAUAGCUUUGAGAACAUAAUUCAUCUGAAUUAUUUUUGCAACAACAGCUUUUAGUUCAAACAUUUUAAUAGUUCUCUGAGUGGUCUUGAAGUAGGAGCCAGUAAAACCACAACAUUUGCAGAAGUAAAGCAUGCUCGGUUCAGUCGCUUGCUCAGUGCGGUCGACUUUUUGUUGAUAACGUUUUUUUAAUGACAUCAUUUGGACCGAGACAAGGCGAGGAGUUGACGUGACCACAGAAUAUUGCCAUGAAAAAUGUCCUAAGAUUUCAAAACAUGGGCCAGUCAACAGUGAGCUGCAUAAAAAGUUCCCUGCAACAAGGUUGUCGAACGCAGCGCAAGUUAAAACACAUUGCUCAAACGUUGUACAAAGAGCUCUUUUUCUUACAAAACAGUACAAGCAUUUCAGAAGAAAUCACAUUGUUGGUUCUUAUUCACCAUGAAGAAAAGUGGUCUGCUUUAAAGAAACAUUGAAACACAUACAUCAUGCAGAAACGUUCCAUCGGGAAGUCCACCGCUCCAGCCAGAUGACGCCAGCGAAUGCUGCUGCUACGAAUGUGAAGACUCGGAUUGUUUAUUUUAAAGUCCCAACAGCAGUUUGGAUGUCAAAACCAUGUUGAUCCAACACACUAAACAUGAUUCUAACAGUCUAAUGAAAUUACUUUGAAAUUCCUGCUCUCGCCUAACGAUUAACAGUAAAUAAAUACAUAAAAGUGCAUCAUUUAAGUUACAUCAUGCAAAAAGAAAGUUGUGAUCGCUCAUAUAAACAUUUGUCCCAGUCAAUGCGUCCUGGUCCUAUCCUGCUCAGUUCAGGAGCGUUUAAAUCGACAUUGGAUGUGAGUGGGGCAGUAUUGUAAAGUUAUUUUGAAUAAUGUCGAGUAAUCCCUCGUUUAUCACUGUUAAUUGGUUCCAGACCAGGCCCUGAUAAGCGACUUUCCGUGACGGAAGAUUCCUUAUUCCUUAAAAGGAAUAUUUUUGUAGUUAAAGCUUUGAAAACCUGUUUCCGACCUGAAUAUGUUGUUUAACAUUAGAGUCCUCUAGACAUGAAAUAACACCCCUAUAGUCAUCUUUACACUCAUAUUACCCGAUAUAGUAGACACAAUAACACAAAUAAGACGUAACAUAGGCUCCAAAAAUCUCAAGUUGUGUACAUAUGGUAAAUCUGCAUUCUUCUCCUCUUGGCCGACAGCUCUAUUUGGCAGGCUCCUCUCCCAGCCACGCCUUCUCUGUUGCAAUUGGCCAGGGCAAACAGUAAAUAUUGGAUAAUUGGAUGAAUAUUGGAGAAUCUGACGUCGAACUGUGUUUUGUUCACAAAACAGCUGUCUGUGAAGUGGCGAGAGCAGUGAGCUGGAGGUCGGUCUUUCGCUCCCCAGAAAACAAACUCUUUGCAUUGCUGCCUUCCUCUGGUUUAGAAUACUGGUACACAAUACACAGCCAACAAAUAUUUUCUGGCUGCCGUGUUCAAGAAAAAGCAGCAAUAGGGAUGUGUACUCUUGCAUGUAGGAUUAACUAGCAAACAAUCUUGUAACGCUAGUCUAACAUGGCCACAAUUGUGCCUGUGGAUAUUCUCAUUCAUCCAGGUCAUUGCACUGUUUCACUUCUCAUCCGAGCAGGCUUCAUCAGCUCAUGCUCAGGACUAGAUAGGACAGCUGUUGUCUGAGGGGAUGGUGCAGGAUCCAAGUACUUUUUUUUUUUUUUCUUCUCCUCUUACUGUAGGUAGAGGCACGCCCCAAACAAGAACAGUGUCACUGUUUUGUGGUGCAAGAUGACAUUAAAGAGAGUUCUGAUUUUUUGACAUGUUGUUUGACAUGUCAGAGGUAAGUCCCUGUUCAUGUACUGCCUCAUCUUUAUAUCACCGCCUGUCUUUUUUGUCUUUUUUUUUUAAUGACAUCGUUGGGAAGCAUGGCAUUUCUCUUUUUUUUUGGUGAGAAAUGAUGACGUCACACUUUGUAUCCGUCUCUACUGUGGUUGAAACGACUUGUUACUAUUCAGUGUCUGCUGCUGUUGUUUCUACUGCUUUUUAUUUAUUUAUUCAUCAACUUUUGUUGAACUUUGGCUACAUCCUGCUGUUAAAUACUGUAUUCAUUUAAUACUGCUAUUAAAUAAUUGCUGAUCCUUUCUUCUCUCCGUCUGCAA